CUCCUCACCCUCCCCUCCCUCCCCCUCUUCCACCGCGCCGCAUCGCACUCUCCGACCUCCGCCGCAAUCGCCCACCGUGACGGCACAACCUUCACCUACUCCAACCUCCUCUCCUCCGUCGCCUCCUUCCGCCGCCAACUCAUCUCCUCCCUCUCCUCUCUUUCUGGAUCAUUUGAUCACGGCGAUGAGGAACCAAGGAUCGCGUAUUUGUGCGAGAGUGCGUAUGUGUAUGUCGUCGUGCAAUGGGCGAUUUGGAGCGUGGGCGGGAUUGCUGUGCCGUUGUGUACUGCGCAUCCGGUGAAGGAGAUGAGGUAUACGCUUCGGGAUUCAGCGGCUGGACUCGUCGUCGCUUCUCCGCUCUUCGAGUCCAAAAUCCGUGAAGUCCUGGACGAUGAGGAGUUCAAAGACCGCGCACUCCUCAUCACCCCAACCUUUACUCCCACCUCCUCAGUCUCCGCCGUCACAAUCGAGGAGGACGAAAGAAUCGAUGAGAACCAACGCGCGAUGAUAAUCUACACCUCCGGCACAACAGGCUCCCCAAAAGGCGGCGUCUCAACCCACGCCACAAUCCAAUCUCAAAUAACCUCUCUCGUCCACGCAUGGUCCUACACCCCCUCCGACCGGAUUCUCCACGUGUUACCGUUGCACCAUAUCCACGGCGUCGUGAAUGCGUUGGGGUGUGUCCUCUGGGCCGGUGGAUGUGUCGAAUUCGGCGCUCCCUCGCCCGAGUCCUUAUGGUUGCGGUGGUCCGAUCAGUCUAAACCUAAACUCACGCUCUUCAUGGCCGUCCCUACGAUUUAUACACGCCUCAUCACGCACGCCCAUCAAGCCCACCCCGACCUGGACACGAAAGCAGCCUGCGCCUCUUUCCGACUCAUGAUCUCCGGGUCUGCCGCACUUCCGACCCCCACCAAAAAAGCAUGGUACGAACUCAGUGGUGGGAAAAUCUUGUUGGAGAGGUAUGGGAUGACGGAGAUUGGUAUGGCGCUCUCGUGCCUCGCGACUGAGGACGCCGGGGGUCGGGAAGAUGGAUCGGUGGGGUGGGCGUUGCCUGGUGUUGAGGUUCGACUUGUGCGCAAAGACGGCGCUGGAGACGGAGAGGAGUUCGUGGUGCGAGAUGACGAGUACGAGGUCCAAGGCGAGAUACAGAUCCGUGGUCCGAACGUGUUUAAGGAAUACUUCCGCCGCGCCUCCGCCACACGGAAAGAAUUCACCACCGACAACUUCUUCCGAACGGGUGAUAUCGCGCUUCGUCGUCUCAUUCCAUCUCUCCCGGAGAGGGGUGGGGCGUAUUUCAUUCAAGGGAGGGAGAGUGUUGAUAUUAUUAAAUCGGGGGGGUAUAAGAUAUCCGCACUCGAGGUGGAACGGGAGAUUUUGCAAGCGGAGUUGCCGGUUGGGGUACGCGAGGUUGCCGUCGUCGGCAUCCCGGACGCGGAAUGGGGACAGCGUGUCGCCGCUCUCUUAAUCCUCCCACCCUCCUCCCCGACAAUCACCAUUAAGCAACUCCGCGACGUCCUACGCAAAGAGCUCGCGCCGUAUAAACUCCCGACAGUUUUGAAAGUGAGGAGUACAGAUGAGAGUGGGGAAGGCGGGAUUAAGCGGAAUCAGAUGGGGAAGGUGAAUAAGAAGGAAGUACUCAGGGAG